UGCGGUAUCGCGGAACGAGUGCAUCGGCUCUCGGCUGUUCAGUGCGGUCGUGUGUUUGCUCUGUUCGGCAAUAAUAAUUCAAAGUAAACUAAACGAAAAUUCAUUCAUAAAAAACGACAACCGGACAAAACGAGCCAUAACAUGUCGAGUUUCACGAAGAAAUUGGCCCUGUGGAGGCUGGCCGUGGCCAUCAUUUACAAUAGAUUUAUGGGAUUCCUAUCGAGGCUCGUGCCAAGAAGAAAAAUGAUCAUUAAUAUCGAACAAGGAGUUCUACAAGGUCAAUACUAUAAGACUCGCCUGUCGAACAAACCAUUUGUCAGUUUUCUAGGGAUACCCUAUGCUGAGCCGCCCAUCGAUGAACUACGAUUUAAGCCACCAGUCAAACACCCUGGAUGGACUGGAGUUUACAAGGCUUUUUCAGAAAAAAGCAAAUGCGUACAACACGAUAUAAUGAUAACGAAAAAAAUUGUAGGAAGCGAAGAUUGUUUAUACUUGAACAUUUUUGUGCCACAAGAAUUAAAUGAAAAGAAACCUGUAAUGAUGUUUGUGCACGGAGGCGCGUUUAACUUUGGUUCGGGAUCGUCAGACUUCUAUUCUCCGGACUAUUUAAUCGAAGAAAAUGUAAUCUUGGUCACAUUUAACUAUCGCCUUAAUGUUCUAGGAUUUCUAAACCUGGAUAUCGACGAUUGCCCCGGAAACGUGGGUUUAAAGGACCAAUUGUUUGCGUUCAAGUGGGUAAAAGAAAACAUAUCGGCCUUUGGAGGCGACGCCAAUAACAUAACAAUUUUUGGAGAGAGCGCUGGAUCAGCGUCAGUCCAUUACCAUAUACUCUCUCCGUUAUCAAAAGGUGUGUACCAAAGAGCUAUUAUGCAAAGUGGAUGUGCUUUUAAUCCUUGGGCAUUUAAUUCGAAACACAAAAACGCUGCGCUCAAAAUAGCGGCGGAUUUGGGUUGUCCGUCGGACGACCCUCACAAAAUAGUGCAGUAUUUAAGAAAAGUUCCUGUACAAGACUUGGUAAAAGCUACUACGAUCAAAUCUAAAUUCGAAGGCCAAAGAGAAGUUUUGGUUUACCAAUUUGUUCCGACUAUUGAAAGCGAUCUAGUCGGUGAGAGAUUCUUACCGGCCCAUCCAGAAGAGCUGUCAAAAACGGCCACUUCGAUUCCUUUAAUAUCUGGAGUCAACAAUAUAGAAGGAAUGAUAGUGUUUGGAGAGCAUAGAUUUGGAAAAUUAAUGAAUUUUAAUAAAGUCGAAGAAAUAAGCAAAUUGCUCGAAAGCGAAAUCAAAUGCGAUGAAGUCAAAAAUAGGAUUCAAUCGUUUUACUUUAAUGAUUACGAUUCCAAAACCGACAUUGAGAAAUUGGAAAAUAUUUGCGCGCUAUUCAGCGAUGUAUUUUUCACUAAAGAUUUCCACAAAGCAUUCAACUACUUACUCGUAAAAGGCAAUACGCCAGUUUACAAUUAUGAAUUUAAAUUUGACGGAGAAAUUAAUGUAUGUAAAAGACUUCUUUUUGCUACAAGACCAAAAUUUCUCAAGUUGAAAGGAGCAUGUCACGCAGAUGAAUUAAGUUACUUAUUCUUUGGUAAAUUGUUUGCAUUCACACCUAAACCAAAUUCCAAAGAAUUGAGUAUGUGCAGGACAAUGUGUAAACUGUGGACUAAUUUUGCAAAAACUGGAAACCCGAAUUCGUCAGAUCUUAAAGUCAAAUGGGACCGUACAAGUUUGGAAAAUCCUAAAUACUUAUCAAUCGACGGUGAUGAUACUCAUAUGGUUGAUGGCCAAGUGAACGGAGCCAAAGUACAAUUUUGGGAUGAUUUAGCCGAAUUAGUAAAAUUAAAUCAAAAGCUGUGAUGUUUUGUUGUUAAUGUAUAUUAUAUAUAAAUGUUUUUACAAUAUUAUAGUUAAUUAUAAUUAUACAUUUUAUUUUUAUAACUACUAUACUUAUAAUAUUCUUAAAAUAUAUGUAUGUUGUGCUAAAUAUUUAAUACAUUUUGUUGUAACUUAUCGACACUGUCU